AUUGCCGAUAUUCGUCAGCGCACUCGUCACUUGCUUUUAGUCUUUGGUUCGGAGUGUUCGUGGUACAGUCAAUAGCAUCCAUCACUCAUCAAAAAUCCUCGUUUGUGGCUGUAUAAGAAACAAGAUAACUCAACUCCACAUGCACAACAAGAAGACAGAGGAGUGAGUUAGAAGGUGUGCAAUGGUGAGAGCUGAACCUUAUUCAUUGUUCCAGACAAGGAAAGACAGAGCAAGACACAUUCGGAGGCUCUAUGCUGUCUCUUUGUUUGUGGCCAUAUGUUUUGUCUGGGCAUUCAGACUCACCCACAUACCCGCAAAAGGAGAAGCUGCUCAAUGGGCAUGGCUUGGUUUGUUUCUUGCAGAACUGUGGUCUGGCAUCUAUUGGGUCUUUUAUCAAGCCCUCCGCUUGAACAUGAUCUUCAGAACAACCUUUCCCAACACACUCUCUCAAAGAUAUGAGGAGAGUAGGUUUCCGGGAGUGGACAUCUUUGUGUUUACGGCGGAUGCAGCGGUGGAGCCACCGUUGCUGGUGGUUAACACGGUGUUAUCUGUGAUGGCUUAUGACUAUCCACCUCAGAAGUUGAGCGUGUAUCUCUCAGAUGAUGGGUGUUCAGAGAUAACCUUUUAUGCUCUUUUAGAGGCUUCUUCCUUUGCCAAGCAUUGGGUCCCAUUCUGCAAGAGAUUUAAGGUGGAACCUAGGUCACCUUCUGCCUUUUUCAACGCUCCCGCCUCAACAAAAUCAGAAGAUCAUAACUAUGUCAAACACUUGGCAACCAUCCAUAAACUAUACGAAGAGAUGAAAAGGCGAGUAGAAGAUGCAACCAAGUUGGGUGGUGUACCCAGUGAAGCACGCUCGAAGCAUAAUGGGUUUUCGCAGUGGGACUCGAAUCCCUCUCCACGUGAUCACGACACUAUCCUUCAAAUACUUGUGCAUAAAAACGACUCGCAUGGGUCAAAGGAUGUAGAUGGGUGUAUUUUGCCAACCUUGGUGUAUAUGGCUCGUGAAAAGAGACCUCAGUAUCACACCCACUUUAAAGCUGGAGCUAUAAAUUCAUUGCUAAGAGUGUCUUCGGCGAUUAGCAAUGGGAAAAUCAUUCUAAUUCUGGAUUGUGACAUGUACUCAACCCAUUCACAAUCAGUGAGAGACGCUCUAUGUUUUUUCAUGGACGAAGAUAAAGGCCGAGAAAUUGCUUACGUGCAAUUUCCACAAACUUUUUAUAAUAUUGGAAAGAAUGAUCUAUACGGGAAUGCUUUAUCAGAAAUUCUGGAGGUAGACCUCCGUGGCACAGAUGGUUUUGGUGGCCCUGUUUGUAUUGGAACUUGUUGCUUUUUCAGAAGAGAUGCUCUCUGUGUGAACAAGUUUAGGCGUGAACACAAAAAUGAUUGGAACGAUGAGAAUGAGAAUGAGGUGACUGAAGAAAACCUGCAUGAACUAGCAGAAAAAUCAAAGGCUUUAGCAGAUUGCACUUAUGAGAAAAAUACUUUAUGGGGGAAGAAGAUUGGUUCAAUAUAUGGGUGUCUUGUGGAGGACGUGGUAACAGGGUUAUGGAUACAGUCACAAGGAUGGAAAUCAGUAUACUAUAACCCAUCAAUAACAGGUUUUUGUGGUAUUGCUCCCACUAACUUACUUCGCACACUUGUUCAACUCAGAAGAUGGGGUGAAGGUCAAUUGCAACUUCUGUUUUCUGAGUUCAGACCUAAAUGUUAUGGUGAUUACAAGAUCAACUUAGGCCUACAAUUGGGAUAUUUGCAUUAUAACACAUUUGCAUUCACUUCCUUGUCAGUACUAUAUUACUCCAUCAUCCCUUCACUUUAUCUCCUUAAGGGCAUUUCCUUCUUUCCAAAGGUGUGUAGCUUAUGGUUUAUACCUUUCGCAUAUGUAAUUGUUGGAGAGAUUGGUUAUAGUUUGAUUGAGGGUUUGAGUAAGGGAGGAUCAAUCCAAGGUUGGUGCAAUGGUACAAGAAUGUGGUUGUACGUGAGAUCAAGUUCCUUUCUGUUUUCCUUGUUAAACUUCAUCUCAGGAUUGUUUGGACAUUCAAAUCCAUCGUUUUUACUCACACCAAAGGUCACAGAAGAUGAUGUUGCUCAACGUUACGAGAAAGAGAUGAUGGAGUUUGGAACCUCUUCUCCUUAUUUCACUGUUCUAGCAACACUUGCAUUGCUCAAUCUGUUUUGUUUGCUUCUAACUUUGAAGGACUUGGUCCUUGGAAAAGGUGCAUUUCUUGAGAAAAUGGCAUUGCAAAUUCUCUUGUGUGGGUUUUUGGUUUUUAUCAAUUUUCCCUUAUACCAAGCCAUUUUUGUAAGGAAGGAUAAGGGUAGAAUGCCAACCUUUCUUUCUGUUAAGUCUACUGCAUUCGCUUUCACUGCAUGUGUCUUCUUCAAACUAUUCAAUUGAGUAAAUUGAUGUAGUCUUUGCAUUGAAAAAGAUGUACUUAUUGCCAUGGCUAUUAAUCUGAAAUGGAAAGAAAUGUUCCUAACA